AUGCCAUCUAAUGAACCACCUCCGUUAGAUGCAUCACUUGAGAUUGUAAUGAAGUUUAAUAGCAAACCAGAUUGUCAACUUGCAAUUAAGCAUUAUCACAUAAAACACUCCCUCAAUUAUCGUGUAGUGAAAUCUGAUCAAUACAGGGUUUCGUUAAGUCAAAAAAGUAAGCAAUGGGUGAUUGGUAGUUUGAAAGGGCCCCACAAUUGCGCAAAUUCUUCUAUGUCACAUGAUCAUACCAAGCUCGACUCUAACAUCAUAUGCGAAAGCAUAAAGUCACUUUUGAAAGCUGACCCAUCAAUUAAAGUGAAUGUGAUCAUUGCACAUAUUCGGGAACGAUACAAUUAUACAAUCACCUAUAGAAAGGCAUGGAUGGCAAAGAACAAAGCUAUCGAAACGAUUUAUGGGAACUGGGAAAAGUCUUACAAUGACCUUCCAAGGUGGUUGUUGACUAUGCAAAAAUUUCUUCCAGGAACUAUUGUGGAAAUGGAAUACAAGGGGACUCUUUUUCUUGCUGUUGCACAAGAUGGAAACAAAAAUACAAUUCCCAUUGCUUAUGCACUUAUGGAAGGUGAGACAGGGGGUGCUUGGAGCUUUUUUUUGAAAAAUCUAAGAAGAAAGGGGACAACAACAUCAGGCAUCAUUAGCUUCUGGUCGAGUAUACACAGACGAUUGAUUGCUUAUGCACUUGUGGAAGGAUAUGCAUUAAAUGAGCCGUCAUUCAAGUAUUACCGCAAUGAAAUCAAGAUGGAAAAUCCAGAGGCUUUAAGAUGGAUCGAUAAUAUCCCCCCAGAACAAUGGACUAUGGCUUAUUCUCAAGGUCAACGAUGGGGACACAUGUCAGCAAACGUUUCUGAGUCCAUCAACGCAGUGCUCAAGGGUACACGCAAUCUUUCAAUCACUGCUUUGAUACAAUCAACAUACUAUAGAUUGGGAGUUUUAUAUGCAGAAAGGGGACAACAGCAUCAGACAUCAUUAGCUUCUGGUCGAGUAUACACAGACGAUUGCAUGGACAAGAUUAAAUGUGAAGUUGGUAAAUCUAAUACUCACCAAGUCAUGCAAUUCGACCGAAAUCAUUAUUCUUUCAUGGUGCAUGGAACAGUAAAUCCAAGAGAGGUGCGACCAACUGGUCAUUUCGAAGUCAACCUUCAAAGAAAAUGGUGUGAUUGUGAAAAAUUUCAAGCUAUACAUAUUCCUUGUUCACAUGUCAUAGCUGCAUGUUCUUAUGCUCGUCAAAACUAUUUAGUGCUUAUAUCUGACGUGUACAAGCAUUCACAAGCAGUCUUUGGGGUUAGGGGUGGGAAUAGGUCAGACCAAGCCAGACUUCGAAAGGCCUAA